UGUCGCUGAAAUUCAAAAGGUUCACAUCAGAAUAAGAAGAGUAUAAAAACGUGAAGAAGUGUUGUUUUUGCUGUAGUGGGAGUGAAGGUUACCUUUGGUAGUUUUUCAAGGAAGUUUGCGAAUGCGUUCCCUUAAAUCACGUGGUUUCUGUAUUAUGGCGGCAAUGGUUGGACUCCUUGUUCGCACAAACUGCACCUGCUGCUAUGUCCUGUAGUCAGUACUCUGUAUCUUCAGGCAUUUUGUAAAAAGCAGAUAAGAAAUAACUAACUUUGCCACAUGGGCUUGCGCUGAUCAAGCGAUAACCCAUUUCAUCUGCAGAAAGAUGGUAAUCCGUUCAUGUGGUGUUUUUCUUCUACUACCACUAUCACUGCAUUUAAUGUCCAAUAGGACGAUUCCAUUUCUAUAAUGCAGUUCUAUAAUGUAUUGCUCUGAAGGAGGCGGAAAUUUUGCUCUUUAUCUUUUUUUUUACUAUUUACAAGAACAUGCAACGCUUGUGUGAACAAAACUACUUGGUUUUUGCCCAAACCUUGACAAUACAUGAAGUACGUGCAAUACACAUACUGAGAAAAAAGAAUCAACCCUUAGUUAAUUUUUUAGCCCAGAUUGCAAUGGGAUUGUUUUGCUGAGGCAUUCCCAGAGUUGUUGAUUGACUUUUGAGGCUGUGCGUAUCGGUCUGCCCUUUACUGUACAUGUUGUUCUGUUAGACUUAAACUCUUAACUAUAUUGUCUAAACCCACAGGAUGCACUUCAGCUGAAUCAUUGAUUUGUCUUUUUUUAACAUCACUUUUUUUUAGCUUGCAUAUACAGUAAUGCUAACUUUUCACUGUGAAGAGUGAGAGUUGCAAAACCAUAGUUAACUAUUUAUUUCAUGCUUCUAUUCUCUUGCAUGUUCUCUUCCAUUCUUUUGCAACACAUAAAAAGCAAAUACUGCGUUAAAGAUGUCCAGUUUUAGGAGUGAAUACUACUGAACUGCAUACAUAACUGUUUCCAGAGUAUCAGGAAGUAAGGGUUUACUAGAGUCAGUAAUCGAGGCUGAUUGUCAUCUGUGACUAUUAAAGCCUAGUCUAAAUAGAAGCGACAGUAUUAUGACCAGUUCACACAGAUAUAGCCUCUUAGCUAUGGGUUUUAUGGCCACAAAAGGCUUUCGGUUGCUAGGCAGAUGCAAGCUUUCUCAGUCAUGUCCUGCAACAAGCCACAAUACCUUUUUAGCAUUACAACUGUUUCUAUGAAUGUGAUUCUCAUAAAUUAAAAUCUUUUACAUUUAAAUUUAUGCCUAGGCUGAAUUGCUUCUAUAUUAUGUUUGUUUCUUUUUUUGCCAGGUGGCAGAAUAAGCUUUCAAUGUAUCAGAGAGAUCAACAAAAUUAACAACCUACUGUAAAACAACACGAGCAGCUGAUCAUCCUCGCUGUUCCAAAUGUUGUAGCUUCCUUAGUGCAAAUCAGAAAGUGCUUUCUUAUAUAUUCAAAAUGAAAAAGAGGGGAAAGAUCAAAGGCACUCAUCAUUACAGAAAUAAAGACCUCAAUUGCUGUGCUUGCUGUCCUUGCUCUUAAGAGUGGAAGGUGAAGCUUAAAAAGAGCCUUUUAGAGCUUUUAGGCUGUUCUGGAUUAAAGAUUUUUUUACUUUUGAGUGAACAUUGAUUUUUCUUUCUAUCUACAAGCCUAAAAGCACGAUUCUUUGUUGUCUAUUAAACUGUAAUCACAUAAGAACCUUUAUUAGAAACUAACAUGGAGCAUCCGUAUUUACCCUCAUGCCUUUAUACUUACAACCUCAUAUUACACUUUCUGAUUCUACUGUAAUGCUACUACAGACUAAAUGUGAUCGUAAGGAUACAAUUCUUCUUCUUCCCUCUCCACAAACGUGAUGAGUCAGGUGUCCUAACGUUACUACCUGGUUAAAAUGUAAUCUCUCUAUAACCUCUCUAUCAUGUCUCUCUCUCUCUAUCGCCUCUGUCUCUUAGCCCCUACGCUUUCAAUAUUAUCGAAUUUAUCUGUUAUUAACAUGUAGCCAAGUGCUAAUAGUGUUUUCAGUAAUGCGUGCAAUGUUGUUGCCUAAAGUGAUCACACCAUUCCUGCACAUGUAUGGUGAACUCCUCUGACUGGCCCAUUCAUUGCUGAUUUAGGGCAUCAAAUGUCUUAUACACUGCCUCUUAUCAUUUACAGCCUUCACAGCACAAUGCCUCAAGCUGAUUACCUUUAACCCACACAAUAAGAGUUAGUGUAAUGAAACCCCUGAUUUAAAUGAGUGGGUUAGGCACAUGUUGAUGGAUUCAUGCAAAGGUGGUCUUUUGGAGUGCGUUUUUAACAUCCCUGACCCAAAAUAGGAGGGGGAUCUUGGUGACACCUGUUCAACUUGUACUUUUGAAGACAAAAAUCUGUAAUGAUUAUUAAUCUUUUUUUUUUAAACAAAUAAAUAUGCUAACUGAUAUGAAGCCAUAGACAAUGACGACUGAACAGUAAUAUAUAAAAAUUAUGAAAGAAGAAGAAAUUAAAAGCAGGUUUGUUGGUGAUGUUUAAAGUAGCAGUCAGAUUAUUUAGAAACUUGUAGUAGAAAAAGAGUAAAAAAAGAGUUAAAAACAGUGGGUUGGGUGAACCCAUGGUGUGUAUGUGGAUGCCUUAAUGGGAGUUAUCAGUGUUUUCUACUUCACUGCGUGUCCUUAUAGAUUAUAUCUGCUGAGGUGGUGGUGCUAUUACUUCACCAAUGAUUAGAUUAGGAAACCUGGGAAGGACACCCACGCACGCACACACACACACACACACACACACACACACACACACACGUCAGAUGCACAUUCACACAUGUUACUGUCUGUAAGAACAAACGCCCAAAUUUGUGCAAGUGUUCUCCAAAUAAAUAAAUAAAAGAGCAAUGAAAGACAGAGGAGGGAAAGGAAAUGUGUCUUUUCUCACUAUCUAUUCAUCCCUGUGAUAAGUGUAUGAGAGAAGGUUAGAUAAGUGAAGUGUAAUAAGGUGAGAAGAACCCCAGCUCCUCCCCUCCUUAUUGUUCAAGGCCCAAUCAGAUCAGAUUAUGGGUCUUUUAUGUCAGGGAUCUCCCUUGUUAUUUCUGAAAGAAAUAGAUGAAACGGAGACAGGACUCUAGGAAAAAGAGAAGAGAAGAGAAGAGAAGAGAAGAGAAGAGAAGAGAAGAGAAGAGAAGAGAAGAGAAAACCAGGCUCAAACAGGAAUGAAGUAUCCUCCUACUCCUCAGAGUAAAACUCUGUUAGAUAUGGAAGUAGCCAACUACUGUGAAGGCCUGGAUCCUUCGUACAACACGCUGGGCUUUGAGCAUGCAGAGGUACUCUAUGUAGGAAGAGACAGCAUGCCGACAGAGCCAAGCCUGCCUGGUCCAGAUGGGAUCAUUAGUAACUGUGCGAUCUGUGGAGAUAAAGCCACAGGGAAACACUAUGGAGCCUCCAGCUGUGAUGGCUGCAAAGGCUUCUUCAGACGCUCAAUACGCAAGAGCCACGUCUAUACCUGCAGGUUCAGCAGACAGUGUGUUGUGGAUAAAGAUAAGAGGAACCAGUGUCGUUUCUGCAGACUCAACAAAUGCUUCAGAGCUGGCAUGAAAAAAGAAGCUGUACAGAAUGAGAGGGAUCGGAUCAGUUCCCGAAGAAGUAUCUCCGACUCCCAAGACCUUCCAACCAUUACUAUUUUGGCCCAAGCAGAAUCAUUGUCCCACCAGAGCACUACUCCGGGUGGAAUAGCAGACUUGUCAGAGCAGAAGUCAGCCACUGUAGGGGACAUAUGUGAUUCUAUGAAACAGCAGUUAUUGGUGUUGGUGGAAUGGGCCAAAUAUAUUCCUACUUUUGGAGAACUUCCACUGGAUGACCAGGUGAGCUUGCUUCGGGCUCAUGCUGGUGAACACCUCUUGCUUGGGGUUGCCAAAAGGUCAAUGCCAUUCAAGGACUUCCUGCUUUUAGGUAAUGGCUGUGUGAUCCACAGAGACAGUCCUGAACCAGAGAUCUGCAGGGUAGCCAACAGAGUCCUGGAUGAACUGGUGCAGCCCUUCCAGGAAAUACAAAUAGAUGACAACGAGUUUGCAGCACUCAAGGCUAUUGUCUUUUUUGACCCAGAUGCAAAGUCUUUGCGGGAUCCUUCGAAGAUUAAGACCAUGCGACUGCAGGUUCAGAUGAGUCUGGAAGACUACAUUAAUGAUCGUCAGUAUGACUCCAGGGGUCGUUUUGGAGAGCUGUUACUCCUGCUGCCCACCCUGCAGAGCAUCACCUGGCAGAUGAUCGAACAGCUCCAGUUCAUUAAGUUUUGCGGCCUGGCCAAGAUAGACAACCUGUUGCAUGAAAUGCUUCUAGGAGGGCUUACAACAGAACCCACACACCUGCACCAUUCAGCACACACCCAGCUGGCCCAGGACCCUGUGACUGGACACACAUUGGUCAUCAGUACCAUGCCUGUCAAUCACACUCCACAAAUAGCCUCUCCAGACACUCCCAUCCCAUCGCCCCCGCAGGGUCCUGCACCGGAAAUGUACAAACAUUUUCCCCAGCCUGUUUGUCCUCCAGCGAGCCCUUCACCUUCUGCACAGACAGACCCCUGACUCUUUCCUGCAUUAUGUCAACGAAUCUGACAGCAGAUCAGUUUCCUUGCCCCCUGUUCAUUAUCCAGGCAUGGUAUGAAAAUUAUGACAGAAAUCUCUGUUCAGUGUCAGCAGUUAGACUUCCCUACCCCAUGACUCCUGGAGCUCCUGAUACAAUAUCCUAACCAGUUAUGUGCACCACGUUUCGGGCCUAUUUUCUUACAGUGGCAAAACUCACAAAAGAAAAGUACAAUUUUUAUGCAGUCUUUUUCAGGUACUAGCCUGUCUGUGCGUGUCUGCGUGUGUGUCUGUGCUUAUUUGCUUAUUUCCUGGCACCAGAGUGUUUGGCAGCGCAGGCUCUGGGUAUCCUGAUCAGGCGGCGCAGUCAAAUAUUGGUGCUCAUUUUAGCACAAAAUUGUAUUUGCCUUAAAACACGCUCAGACCAUGUCUUACCCACAGUCAUCACACCGCAGCAAGAAUGAUACGUGUGUUUCCACUGUAGUCACUGAUAUGAAAGAGGGAUUGUAUUUAAGUUGCGAUGAUGGCACAGCAGCAACUUUAUUAUUCAUUUAAAUCUCCAGACUUGGCAGCAGGAUCCGUCAACUAAAGGCAUGUUCUCUGUUUUUCUGAGCAUCACACUAGAAAGCUAUUUCUCAGAGAUUUAACAGUGAAAUCAUCUGGAGUAAUGCAGCUGUCCCCAGGACGAGUCCCGAGCUCCAUCAAAAUACGUGCGUAUAUGUAUAUAUAUAUAUAUAAUAUGUGUAAUACAAAGUCCACACUCUGUCUAAACUUAUAUAUAUUCACAUUACAUUUGUAUAAUAUUUCAUUUUGACCACUGGAAUCAUGUUCAUAAAUAUCUGCUCACAUGAUGUUCAUCCAACCUGAAUGUUAAACAAGUUAGCAUGUUGGUGAAAACAUUUUAAAACAAGCUCAAAUGCAUGCGUUCCAAUUUUGUUUUUAAAUAUCAGGGAUAGACUCCCGGAUGGGUCCAGUAACCUUUAAUUUUGCAGUGCUGAGUAGUGAAGAUAAAAGCUUGCAGCACACCGGAAGAAAAAAAAAAGUCCAGAUGGUGGCAGCAGGAGCUCUCUUCAUGGUUUCGCUGAAUUUCAGUCUGACCGUUGGUUUAACAAAAUUAUCUCUAAGUGACCCGAAGACCGUUUAUUUUGUUUGAUGAGUAUUUUAAACUGGUAUUUUGCAGAAAGACUCAUUUAUAUUUAGAAUGCUGACUUUACUUUUAAGACAUAAAUGGGUCUGUUUAAAUAAGCACAGCUGACAGCCUAUUUAGGGUGUUGUAUCUUAAUUUUUAUUUUGAAAUUAGUGAGCUUUCUAUUUCACCUGUUGCUUCUUUCGUGUCUGAGCCUCCAUCUCUGUUCUGUCUCAAGAAAAUAGAACCCUCAGAGUUUAAUAUUCUGCUGCAAAACUGGGAUUAAUGAAGCAAGCUGUGCAUCUAUGUGGUCACUUAAAACCAUUAACUGACUGAUGGUAUUCAAGUCAGUAAGGCACCCUUCUUGCUUAGUGAAAUGAAAAUGCUUUUUUAACUUUCUUCCUGUCUUACAUUUCUUACUUGAUUGGUUAUACAUAUAUAUAAAACAUAUAUCUACUGUAGAUCAAUCCUAAUGUACUAAACUGUCACAAACAAGUUUAUAGGAAAAAAAGCUAUUGCAAAAAAAAAAAUAUAUAAAAAAAAAAUAAAGAUACUCAGGAAAAAAAGCUGGCUAUCAAAAAAAUAAUACUGUUCUUUUGGAUCUAAUACAUCAACUGUGCUCACCUCUAAACUACAGUAUGUAAACAGGAAGUACAUGACAGUUAUGCAACAAAAUUAUAUAUAUAUUUAAAUUUGUGGUUAAUAUUUGAUACUGAGUUAUAAUACACAUAACUUACACGAUGAGACUUGACUGAUAUACCUACAUAUAUUAAUAUAAUAAAGAUCAGCGUUGCAGUAAUGAAAUUCAUGAUAAAUGCAGAAAGGACUGUGGAUAAUAUUUAACUUGCUGUAUAUAUUCAAAAUUACAUAAACUAUUGGUUGGUUUGUACUGAUGAUGUGUACAUUUCUGAAUUUAUAUGUUGAUUAAAAGACAAUCUUUAAGAA